UGUUGCGUGCGUCACGUCGCAGGAAUUUCACGCUUCGUAAAAAGCCGUAAAAAUACGCAGUCUACUCUGAAUUCAAACGCACGUUUACGAUCAUUGAAAAAGCUCGACCAUGAUGAUCGUUAUAUAAUCAGCAUGAAGAAACGUGGAAACAACGAAAAUAAAGGUAGUAAGAGUUGUCAUAAUGGAAGGAAUGCAGUGGAGAAGUCGGAUUCGGGAGGUCUAAGCGAUGACGAGAAUCAAGGUUUCGGAAAUUGGAUUCGAUCCAGCACCGGUGUCGAAAUGAUGCGGCUCUUCGUGAUCACGAAUUCGAUUUUGGUCUUUGUGACUAUAGCUUGGCCGAAUAUGAAAGAAUCCUUUUACAUCAUCAAAGAUUAUCUCGUGGGAGAAGAGGACUAA